UCCUGAGUCCUCCAGCUCUCAUUCCAAAGCCUUUGGCCUCAACAUGAAGAUCUCCACCCUUCUUUGCCUUCUGCUCAUAGCUGCCGCCAUCAGCCCACAGGUGUUGGCUGGAUCAGAUUCAGUGUUCACCCCAGGCACCUGCUGUUAUAAUGUCAUUAAGCAGAAGAUCCACAUUCGGAGGCUAAAGAGCUACAGGAGAAUCACAAGCAGCCAGUGUCCCCUGGAAGCUGUGAUCUUCAGAACUGUACUGAAUAAGGAGCUCUGUGCUGACCCCAAGGAGAAGUGGGUUAAGGACUCCAUAAACCACUUGGAUCAGAAGUCUCGAACUCAGCAUCCUUGAACCUUCACGUCUAGGCUGAAAGUUCCAGAAAAAUUACAUUUAUUUCCUCUGACCUUCCCCAUGGACAGUGUGAUAGUUAUUUACUAUGAUAUCUAAAGAGAGAUGCUUUUAAUAAUUUAAAACACAAACUUACUGAAGUAAUAUUUAAUGAUAUCUAAGUUAUAUUUGGGCCAAUUAAACUGAAUUUAAUUUA